AUGGGCAAAAGCAAAAGCAUAGGAUCUUCGUCCAGGAAACUAAUGCAUGCUUCAUCAUCAGAUGUUCAGCUCAACAUCUGUGGAUUGCCAUUCUCUUUGAAUAGGGAACUUUUGGCUGCAAGAUCUUCAAAGCUAGAUGCAUUACUGAGAGAGAAUCCUGAAGAUGAUCUUUCUCAUUUGCUAGGAGAUAUUCCCGCGGAUUCUGAAACGUUUGAGAUUGUAGCAAGAUUCUGUCAUGGCUUUGACAUAAACUUGUCAUCUGAGAAUGUUAUUAAAGUACUUUGUCUUGCUCACUAUCUUGGAAUGUCCGAAAUUCACAGCACCAAUAACCUCACAAAGAAGGCUUGUUUCUACUUUCAAAACGAUGUGCUUCCUAGCUGGAACAAGAGUAUUAAAGCCCUCAGAUCUGCAGAAAACAUUCUUCAACAAGCCGCGGAUCUUGCCUUGAUUGAUGCAUGUGCUGAGUCCAUCAUCGCCAAGGUAAUGCACGAUCCAAGUCUUCUUGGAGAGCCAAUGAGGAAUGUAACAACAACGGAUGAUGAUAGUGAGAACGAUGAAAAUGCCUACAAGCCAAAUGUUAGGAGGAGGCUUUUUGUUCUUGACUGGAAAUCAGAGGACUUGACACUACUUCCCAUUCCUCUCUACGAGCCCAUAAUUCGUGCAAUGGUUCAACGCAAAGUCCCUCUGGAAUAUGUGGCAUCAUCUCUGUUUGAGUAUCUCAACAAAUGGGUUUUUUCGGACACUAAAGGAGGAGAAGAUGAUCCGUUAACUUGUGAGAAGAAUUCUCAAAGAGUGAUCAUUGAGGCAGUGGAGAGACUGUUGCCUCAAGAAAGGGGGCUAAUCCCCAUUUCUUUGCUCUCUCAAAUGCUGCAAUCUGCGAUAAUCUUGGAUGCUCAUACUGAAUGCAAAACCGGGUUGGAGAUUAGAAUAGGAAAGCAACUAGACCAGGCAACCGUGAAGGACCUCUUAAUACCUGCACAAGGAUAUGCAAAAGAAGAGCGUUAUGACACUGAAAGUGUGAAAAGGAUAUUAAAGAAUUUCUACAGCAAUUACGCAAGCACAGAUAAAUCUGGCCUAGUCGUCGUAGCUGAACUUGUAGAUAACUUCUUGGCUGAGGUUUCUAGUGAUAUAGAUUUAAAGUUGAACACAUUCUUAUCACUAGCAGAGUUAUCACAAGCAGCAACAGGAGGAACUAACAGAAAUUCUGAUGGUAUGUAUAGGGCAAUUGAUAUAUACUUGGACAAGCACAGAUAUCUCACAGAUUGGGAAAGGGAGGAGGUUUGCAGGGUGUUAGAUUCCAGCAAAAUGUCUCCUGAAGCCUGUGAGCAUGCUGCACAGAACGAAAAACUACCAAUUCGAGUGAUGGUUCAGAUUCUGUUUUCUGUGCAGCUGAAGUUGAAGGAUACCGUGUCCAAGAAGAUACAAGGGAGUCCUGAUAACCGAUUGUUGAAGCUGGAAGAAGAUGAGAGAGGGACUAGCAGCAAUGAAGAGGAAAUUAUGAAAGCAGAGAUAGAAAAGAUGGGAAGCAAGGUGGUUAAGCUGGAGAAAGAAUGCGAUACGAUGAGAAGGGAAAUUCAAAGAGGUGGUUCCCAGCACAAGAACCAAAAGGGGAAAACAAGCAUAUGGAAAGAAAUGAAGAGGAAACUUGGUUGUAUGACAAGCUUGCAUGAACCAAAUUGUCAUGUGAAGAAGAAAAAAGUCCAUCCUCCAAAAUAG